AUGACGCUGCAAAUUCAACUAUGGGAGUUGCUGCCCUCGUUCUGUGAUUCUCCAUCGGAUCUGGAGAAAUCGUUUCCUCAGUUAGCUCCCGUACUUGGUGCGGCGAUUAAUGAGAGAAGUGACCUCAGACCGCAAAUUCUUUCUGCUCUACGUCGUGUUCUACGAUUCGCUCUUAUGCCAGACGCACCUCCAGAACGUGUAGAAGUUGUCAGCAGAUAUGCAAAGAACUUCAUGCCUUUGUUGUUCAAUCUGUACACAGCUAAUGCUGGAGAUGAUCAAGACGACAAGGGUGUACGAAUGUCUGUGUUGGAAACAAUUCGCACUUAUGCAGAAGUGACUCCCAAGGAAUUAGUGGCAAAUUUUGUCGAUGCUGCCAUCACGAAAGCGAAUGGCGCUUUUGAUGAUCCUCCCAAACAGGCUCGGAUUUUGGAUAUAUUAUGCGCUAUCUCGCGAAGUGCUGAUUGCGUGACAUUGGAGAAAGUCAUGGAUACUAUAAUUCCAUGGUUUGAUAUGAAUGGGAUGCAGAAAAAAGCAUAUCGUAUCUUGGAGGAAAUUCUGCCAAAAGGUGUGUGUGAAUUGAAUAGGCAAAUAUACCCAUAUCGUUCCAAUGCCAGCAAAUGCUUGCAAUACAUGUUUAAGAAACUUAUCGAAAUGGGAGCAGAGAACGAACAACAAAUAUCAACAGUACUGGGUGGUAUAUUAGCACGUAUCUACGAAUUAGCAACUCCAUGUGCCGGUUCUGAUAACGGGGCCGUGGAAAUGGAUAUAGCAAGGUCAACUUUAGUGGCACUGAAUAUAAUAGCUCAGAAACUGCUUCGAGUAAGUGUUGAAUGGAGGGCACGUGUCCGUUUAGUUGCACAUGGCUGUGCCUGGAUUGGAGAUGGCCGACCUCCCGUCCGUAUUUUGGUGAUCAGAUUACUUCGUGUAUUGGUGCAGAAGCUACCCGAGUAUGCCUUGCAGCAGUAUCGAGACCUUUUGAUCAACGCAGUAUUCGAAGGGCAGCUGACAUGUGAUCUUACUUCCAAAGUCCGCAAAGCAAAUCGCCUACUACUGGAGGUGCUCGUUGCCAAAUUCGGAGUAGAUGUAUUGCUGAAAUAUACAAACAAGCCUGAGUGGGUGAAGCAAUUGAGAAAUAUCGAGAAGAUAAAUAGAAGAAAAGAACGACAAAUAAGUGGUGGAGGCAAUGCGAAGGACAGCGAUGAAGAGAGUAGCGAAGCGGGCUCACGAAUGACUGCUCGCACUGCUGGAGCCGACACAAUACUGAAGUUGCUUGAGGACAGUGACGCAUCUGAAAGCGACGGUGAAGGUGAAAUUGCCGAGAUGAAGAGUCGUACUGGUAGUGUUUGGCUGAAAGAUGAUACCGACAUGGGUGAACUAACCGACCUGCUCGAUAGAAAGAGCAUGAUUCUCAAAGUCACCACUACGGAUCCAGCCCAGGUAGCAAAGCGGAAGGCAAAAUUGAUGGAAAAGAAGAAGCAGGAAUCUGGAUUCAGAAUAUCUAAGGAUGGAAAACUAGUGAUUGUCGAUAGUGGUGAGUUUAAUCAAAAUUUGAUGAUGAGAAUGAAACGAAAGCGAAAGCGUAGAAAGCGAGCUGGUGACUUGGACGAUAUGGAUGAUGAUUUCCCUGUUGAGAAUAAAAAGAAGAAAGACGAUGAUGAUAUGGAAACUGACUCCGAAGAUGAUGACAAAAAUGUGAAAAAGAGCGCCAAGCACUCCACAGUAAGUGGUGCAUCCACUUGGCGACCGGGAGGUCAAGGAAUACAUCGGGACACAUCGGUGAAAAGCGGUAAGAAGCGACCCGCUAAGGGCAGCAGUGAUAAGAAGAAUCAGAAACUGCAACCCUACGCUUAUGUUCCGUUGCGACAGAAAGGAGUCAAACAAGAUCUUGUGAAAGUUCUCAAGUCGCAGCGUAAAGCCGGUGCCUCCAAAAAGAGCAAAAAACAUUAG